GUUUCUAGCGAGGUAUUGACAAAUGUAUUCACGUGGUUGCAACACGUGUUAUUUAGAUUUUUUAAACUCACCUUAUUUUUUCGGCGUUGAAAAGUAAUUUUAUUAGAACGCAUUACUAUUUUACUCUAAAGUACUGAAAUUCUCGUUAUGUAAACAUGGUAUUAUAAUUAUGAAAGGAACAUAACCAAAAUCUGCAUGGUGCUAUCAACAAAGAACUAUCAAGAGAGCCUGAAAUUCAAAACCAAAGAUAUUUUAGUUUGUGUCGAAGAUUCUAAAUUCUGGGUUUUAGUUUUAGUGGUAUCACGUACCUCUAAAGCGUUGGUAAACUACCACACUGCAUGCCGCAACAACCAAGGAGACAAAAUUUGUCGAAAAGCCAGUCGGCUUACAGGUUGGUGAAUAGAUACUGAAAUGUCCAGUGGCUCCAGCGAUAAGUUAACACUCCCAGAGGCUCAAGAAGGUUUUCUUAACAUAGUCAGGAAGUUGAAUGAUUCAGACAAUUUCAAGCAGCUACUUAAUUGGAUACAGUGGAAUUGGUUAAAUGAUGGGAAACUGAAGGAAAGUGAUACAUCUGAGGAGAUACUAGAUUCCAUUGCUGCCGAUCUGCGCAGCUCUCUGCCGCUUGAAGCCGUUCUUCCUUCGGAAAUUAUCCGAGCACCUACUUUUGGAAAGAAUUCUGAUUGUGAGCAGCAACACACUGUGCAUGUUGAUGCAUUCUUGUAUGAUGAUGAAAUGGUGGAUGUCUUAUGUGAUGAAGGGAAAAUUCCCCGAAGCUGCUGUUUGCAGUGCGGCUCUCUUAAUACGCGGCCUUUAACUUUCAUUUCACACUCUUUGUCCAGAGAGAGGCUGUUAUUUAUUUUCAAGUCAAUGCUGCCACCGCUAGACGGCAAGGUGGUCCUUGAUGUCGGAUCCCGGCUAGGUGCCGCGCUAUAUGGGGCAUGUGUCUAUUCAAAAGCAUCUAAGAUAGUUGGAGUUGAAAUUAAUGCUGAUUUUUGUAAUAUUCAAAAGAAAAUUAUAGAGAAGUAUAAUUUUCAGGACCGGAUUGAGAUUAUUGAAGCAAAUAUAGCUCACAGACCAGACAUAAUACUCGCUGUUGACGUCGUCAUCAUGAACAAUGUGUUUGAAUUCUUCGUGGAACCUGAACAACAAAUCUCAAUCUGGAAAUUUCUGAGACAAACCACAAAGUCUGGAACUUUGCUAGUGACUGUACCACCUCUUGAAGAAACAUUUUCCUAUCUGCAAACCGGAAUUGUUUUAUCGGAGUGGGUACAGGAACUGCCACUGUACAAUCCAGAUGCUGCCGGCAUCACCAUGAGUGCCGAGGAAAUGCAGGAAUUAAAACACUAUCGAGUGAUUUGAAGUAAUGUCAUUAUGCGAGUAAAAUUCUCCAGACAUUCAAAGCAUCUCAUCAUAAAAUAAAUGAAUACUGAAUGAAAUGAGGCUUACAGGUGCAGACCCGAGAAAACGUCAUGGAUCGAGCCCUGCUGUUUCAGCAACUUUUUGUGAUCUACGCACACUAUUUGAAAUUACAUAUGGACGGUAUUACAGUUUCUGUGAUAAGUUACAAACAUAUAAAAAUAUUUAAAUAUUUUCCAUCUUUUAAACUAUUAUAUUAAUUAUUAAUUUUAAUAAAUGAGAGAUGAGGUCAAGCUGCUUUUCCCCAAAAAAAAAAAAAGAUUUAGAAUGUGAUUUAAA